CAGUCAGUGGAAUCGGCUGUAUGUUGUUGCCCCAGCUGCAGUGCCUUGUCGUUUUGCUACCCAUGCAUUUACUCGGAUUGUCCGACUGCAGGGAAACUUUAUUUCUUUCUUCUUUUUUUUAAACCUUAACUCGGGUUGCAAAGAUGUUCGAGCAGACCUUCAAGAAUUUCAAGAUCAACUUCAACGCCGUGAAUGAGCGGAGCACUUUCUCCAGCGGCGACCUGGUAACGGGACACAUCUCCUUCGAGCUAACGAAGGAGACGAAGAUCGCGUCGAUAUCGAUGGAGCUGAAGGGGAGAGCCCACGUCCACUGGUCGACCCAAGGGAGCGGAGGGAGGAAGAGGAGGAGAGGGCGAAGACACUUCUCCGCCACACUGGACUUCUUCAACUUCCGAAGCGCCAUCCUGCAUGAACACAGAGUAACUUCUUGUCUCUCCCUGGCAGUGUGCGGCGAGGCGACGAAAUUCCGGCCUGGCACGCAUCUGUAUCCGUUUACAUGUCAGCUACCCCAGGGAAAUUUCCCAUCCACCUUCCACGGGGUUCACGGUGAAACAGUGUACAACAUAACGGUGUGCAUCAGCAGACCCUGGCACCUGUCCAAGGACUUUGUGACGGAGUUGAACUUCGUGAACCACAUUGAUACCAACCAGCCAGAGCUGCAGGCUCCUCUCUCGGGCUCCAACCAAAUGACACUCUGCUGCCUGUGGUGUGCCUCACCUCCUAUCACGAUGACUGUCAGUGUAGAGAAGAAAGCCUUCGUUCCUGGUGAAACUGUGAGAAUAAUCUGUGAGUUCAGUAACCGGUCAUCUCGAACAGUGACUCCAAAGGUGAGGCUGGUACAGAAGCAGAUUUACUACACCCACAACAAGGUCAACAAGAAUAUGAUUGUCAAGAGCUUGGCGUCAAUGACUGGACAGCCCAUCGGCGAUCACACCUCUGAGGUGCACACUGAGAUGAUGAUCACUAUCCCCUCAUCUGCGCCACACACCAUCUCUAACUGCAGCAUCCUGGUCGUUGAGUAUUUGGUUGAGAGACACACCUCGGAGCAUAUAAAACCUCUUUCUUCACUCUCUCACUGGGCAAUGUCCUUGUACUUGAUGCUCAGUGGAGACCGCAUCACAGGACAGAUUACUCUAGAUCUGUCAGGCGACUGCAAAAUAGAUGCAAUCUGUGUAAAGCUGAAGGGAAAAGCGGAAGUGAAAUGGACGGAAAACUAUGGAAAAACUGCUGUAACGUACCAUAACAAAGAGAAGUACUUCAGCAUCAAGCAGUUUGUCAUUCCAGAGGGCCAGGGCAAUAAUAUUGGCAAAGGCUGCCAUGUCUACCCAUUCACCUUUCAGAUUCCAGCACAGGAGCUUCCAUCUUCCUUCAAAGGCUCGUGCGGAAAGAUCCGCUACUCGCUGGAGGCGAACCUCAGCAGGCCCAUGAGAUUAGACUGCAAAGCCAAGGAGCAGUUCACCCUCCUCCACAGAGGAAACAGUGAUCCAUCGCUGAUGACUCCACAGCACAGUGUCAUUGAUAAGAAGAUGAGACUCUUUACUUCAGGAACAGUAGGGAUGGAUGCAAAUAUUGCGCACACAGGCUUCCGCCAAGGGGAAGGCAUUAAGGUUGUGGCCUCCAUUCACAACAAGUCAUCUCGAGACAUCAAGCCCAAGUACUGUUUGUAUGAGAAGAUCAGCUACUUUGCAAAGGGGAAGAGACGAGUGCAAACCAAAGACAUCCUGAAAGAAGUGGGCGACGCCAUUCCACCUUCUGCCGGUCAGACUGUAACCAGGACCAUCACCAUCCCUCCCACCACGUGUGCGUCCAUCUUAAACUGCAACAUCAUCAAAGCAGAGUACAGGCUCAGGGUCUAUCUGGAUGUUAAGUAUGCUUCAGACCCUGAGAUCAAGUUCCCCAUCAUCAUCCUGCCCGCUUUACAGGGGCCUGUUGAGGAAGACCAGCCACCUGCAUACCCCGCCUAUGGAUAUGAGGGAUUUGCCAACUCAGACAUGCUAGGAGGAACCAGCUUCUUACAAAACCCGACAGCUUUGGUACCUUCUGCUCCUCCCCCGACCUAUAGCACAUAUGGGCUGUACCCCUCCCUGACUGGUUAUGAUGAAAAGUAGAUAUCUAUAUAUAUAUAUAUAUGCAGGCUAAUGGCCAGAAUGAUGCCUGUCAAAGAUUUGAAGAUAAUCUAUUAGCAAGAAUAAAGGGAGUCGGAUGUUUUAUGAGCUAUUGCUUCGAAAACUUCAUGUAUGAAUGUAUUUUCCAUUCCUUCCAUAUCUCAGUCAUCAUAUCAGUUUGUUCAUUCCUACAGUAUGAUCAUAAAUUAUACUCCAAUCUAUGUGGGCUUCAGGUCGCGUCUAGAGACCUUGGAUGCAGAAAUACAGCAUAAAAAAGGCCUUUUGAACUAUUCAUGAUGUCAUUUUCUGACUUCAUUGUGAUUUCUUCACUAUAUCACUGAUCAUAUGAUCUAGUAAGGUGGGGAAUAAUUAUCUGAUCAAUAUAACCACUCACACGCACAGAAGUGAGAACAAUUCCCUGUAGGGUAAUAACUCAAACUAAGAGAUAAAGCUUCUGGUACAAGAGAUUGCAUGUUUUCUUUCCACUGGAAAAUAAAGCCUGAAUGGGUCACGUGCUGGUUGUGAUCAUAGUUCAUAGGUGAGUGAGCUCAUCUAAAGGCUGUAUGAGGCUUCACCUUAAUAUUCAAAAGAGGGCAGAGGUGAGUCUUUUUUUCCAAGGGACUGUUUAUCUGUCAGCUGAUUUCAUGUGAGCGAGGCAGCCGAGACAUUUCGUUUGCUUGUUAAAUAACAUUACUCACUUUGUGUUCCAGUGCAUUCAGGCCUUGUUGACCCUCUUCAGUGUGCCUGUUACUACGUCUGUGUAUGAGGCUGCUUUCUCUGCAGGGGGUUUGGUGACCUGGACACUGUGCAGGAGCUUCUUUGUGAAGGAGUCGUUGUUCCGAGUUCGGUGUGUUCAUGUGCUUUGGAGUCAGAAUGUGGAAAAACAUGGUAGUUGUGAACAAAAAUAUGUUGUAUUUAUGUGUUUGGAGCAUUUAUACAACACAUUACUAUGUUCGCACAACGUCGAAGAGCAAAGAAAAGGGAGGAGGUGUGACAGGAAUGUAAAUAAUAAUAGUAAUAAAAGUUGUUAUUCUGACCUGGGGGUGCGUUCACGUUA